AGAGGAGGGCUCAACGAAGAAGAAAAGAAGGAUCAAGAUGUGUAGAUCCGUGUAUGCUAAAUCAAGAGCAGUGGGUAUGGGUCCGAAAUUAAAGAAAGGAAGAAGAAAACAGGGCAAACAAGACGCAGAGGGGAGAUCCGAGCCAAGCUUUCUACCUGGAUCAAAGGGGAAGAUUGCAGGCGACUCAGUAGGCGAUAGUGGCAUCCAGAACUGCAAUAGAUGUUUGAAGAAGCAAAUGAAGAUGAAUUUAGCAGUGGAGAUCUGGGACCUUGCGAAAAAGCUAGGGGCAGUGGCCGAGGAUGAUAGAGAGAUCAUUCAAAGAAUUGAAGAGAUGGAGAGUAGAGACAGCCGAGACAAAGCAGAGAAGGCAAAUCACGGUUCUGGAGAGGCGAGGAAGAGAAGGCAAAUUAGGGAGUUAGUUAAGAAGGAAAAAGUGGAGUUUUUAGCUAUACAAGAAACGAAGCUGCAAGCUGUAGAUAAUAGUAUAUGCAGAGGAGUUUGGGGUACGGAUGACAUGGAGUGGAUUUCAAAACCAACGGCGGGUAUGUCGGGUGGUUUGCUGUGUGUCUGGAACCCUAAGGUAUUUAAAUUGACAGAGGUGAUUGAGGGAGAUAAUUUUAUAGGGGUGACUGGUGUAUGGGGAGAGGACAAAAUUCUAGUGCACAUUUUAAAUAUUUAUUCACCUUGCCAAGUGACGGGUAAAAGAGCCUUGUGGGAAGAAUUGCAGCGUUUAAUUUUGAGUAGAAAUGGAAAUUGGUGCCUUGCAGGAGAUUUUAAUGCAGUAAGAAGUAUAGAAGAAAGAGCAGGGUGUAAAGGGAUGAAUGUAGAGAUGGAAGAAUUUGGUGAUUUUAUUCACAAUGCUGGGUUAAUUGAUUUACCACUGGUAGGUCGAAAGUAUACGUGGUAUAACUCUAAUGGAAAAUUUAUGAGCAGAAUAGACAGAUUCUUGAUUUCGGAAGGCUGGUUUUCAGUAUGGGGAGAGGUGAAACAAUGGGGGUUGCGUAGAUCGGUGUCGGAUCACGGUCCUAUUUUACUGAAGGAAGAGAAGAUUGACUGGGGUCCAAAACCAUUUAAAUUUUUUGAUGCUUGGCUGGAGCUACCAGAAUCACUUGAGAAUAAAGGAGAGAAUGUGGCAGCAAAAGUCAAGAAUGGUGUGGCUGAAAGAAGGGGAUGCGAACACAAAGUUUUUCCAUAGGUUGAGUUGGAAUGUGUUUUUGAGAUUGCCAUGUGUAUGGGGAAGUGAUGGUGAGCUGUGUGACGUGGAACCUAAUUCUGGAGAAAGUGAUGGUGCAUGAAGCAGAACAAAGUUCCCAAUGAGUAGAUAUUGGUGCUAAAAGGGAAGAAAGUGAGGUAAAAGAUCUGACAGUGAUGAAAAAGAAAGAUAUGGUUGGGAGUAGUGACAAGCAGGAGACAAGAAGUAAUCAAAAGUGGAUUAAAGAGGUUUGAGAAGAACCAUUAUCCAAAUAAUGAAGAUAAGGAGGUUGAUCAAGCUAAAAGUCCGAGCUAAUGGCUAGCCAAAAUGGCCUCAAGUAUAGUUCAAUUGUUCCAAGCUUACAUUUGGUUGAAAUACAUAAGAUCUUUAGCG